AGCUGCGCUAUCAGUGCUAGCCAGAGUGGGCGAGCAAGCAAGCAACUGAGCGAGAUAGUUCAAAUCGUGUUAAAAUGCACACUUUGGCCCCACAGGCGUCUUCCCAUACCUUUUGUAUUGGAGUCCCUCAUUACACAGAUCUUGGAUGGUUUUUAUGGCGUCUUACUUUAUACUUUACACACAGCAGGACCCUACUUUCUUUUCCACCUCUGAACCCUGAACAGAAAGCAGGAAACUCUUUAAAGGCACCAGUAGGACGGUGGCAAAAGGGGAAAGAUCUGACAUGGUACGCUAAAGACAAAAAGACUGGGAAAGCUUUGUCCAAGGCAGAUGAACUUGCUUCUGUGAAGGCAGCAGAACACGAGGCGAUGAUGGCUGCCUUAGGACACAAGAGUAUAAAGAGACAACCAACUGGCCUUACCAAAGAGGACCUUGUUGAGGUCUGUAGGAGGGAUGAGGUGGAUGGUGAGGAGAGGAACGUGGAUCGUAUUUCUGGCUUGGGAAGCUCCAGUGCAGGGUCUCGAAGAAUGCUGCUGUCCCAAAAAGAAAAGGAGGCAGCUAAAAUGGGCCUGCCAGUUUUCACACACCAUAAGACGGAGAGUCGUCUGGAAACGUCUGCAGCAAAAACAACCGAGAGUGUCGUGAAACAAGAAAAGGAACAAAAGCCUGAGAGCAAAAAGAAAAAGAAAGAAAAAAAGAGCAAAAAGGAGAAAAAGAAGAAAGAGAAAAAGACAAAAAGGCACAGAAGAGAUUCCUCCUCAUCAGAUUCAGAUGAUAACAGGAAAAGACACAAAAAGGACCACCAUCAUCAUAAUCCAUCAUACCAUAGUCAGAGUGGAGCCAGACCCCAUGACAGCCAUUCAAGGGGGGGAGAAAAGGCCGAGCGACAGCCUUCCCACCCCCAUCAUUGGCAGCAGCGACAUGACACAGACUCCUCCGACGGGGGGUCUCCUACCCGCAGCAACCCUGCCAUCCACAAGAAGGCUCCUGCUGGUUCAACACAAAGCCACAGGCGACGCCACGACACAGACUCGGACGACUAAUGUCCUGCCCCUCACACCCCCAAAUCAGACAUGUAGUGCAGCCAGAACUCUCCACUGGCCGCGAGGCCUCUGGUACUCUGGACAGGAUAAAAGCUAGUCAGUGAGAUGCACCAAAGUUUUUUGUUUGAACAAAUUCUCCCAAUGUUCUGGUCGUGUGUAAGUGAUGUUUUAUUUUGGAUUGUGUUUAAUGUUAUUAAAUAUGAAAUA